CAAGAGCGCAGCAAGAACUACCAAUGCAUCUAUCCAGUCUACUUCGACAGCACUAGGUCGCGGGAGGAGGGUCGCCGUGUCGGCAAAGACGACGCAGUACCGAACCCGCUUGCGAGGGAGAUAGCGGACGCCCUGGCUUACAUUGCCAGCACAUAUGGUGUGGACCUUCGCAUCGUACUCGAGCCAACCAAAACUCAUCCCAAGGACUGGGCGAAUCCUGGGCGAGUGAAAGCGCUGCUGAAGAGAGACGGCAAGCCCUCCACUUCCAAGGUAUCAAACAAGCGACACCUCUACAAGCUGAUUGCAGACUAUCUCAAAUCCCACCCCACUACCGAAGACACUCCCAAACGCUUGCAGAUCCAAGGAAUACCGAUGCCGAAAGAGAAGAUCCCUCCUCCUGCAAUCCCGAGGGGAUCUAAGAUCGGCACGAUCCUCCCUCUGCAUUCUCCCGCGCUGACGGGAGGCGGAGUAUCAGAUAACUUUUUAAAAGAUAUGAUGGCAGAAAUGGGCGGACAGCUUCCUCCCGGCAUGGCCGCUGGUAUGGCCGGAAUGGGUGUGGGAAAUGACUCUGGUGCACAGCCGCAGAAGAAAGUCAAAGACAAGAAAAAGAAAUGA